UCACCCUGAAAAAGGAAAAGACACAGCGUUUUAUGGGAUUAAGAAAAAUUGCUACUCUAUUGCACUACGCCUGGUCUGAGGUGGCGAAGGCAAGUCUGGCGCAAGAGAUCACCUAAACUGAGCGAGACAAAUAUUGGAUAAAAGAUGGACGAGACUGGUGGAAUAAGGAAAAUAUUGGAUGAAACACUGAAGAAUCUGUCAAGAAACAUCUUUACAUCAUUCAAGCGCAGGCUUUUAACCUGUAAGAUACCUGAAGGAUAUAACCAAAUUCCAUGGAAUGAAUUAGAAUCGGCAGAUGCAGAAAAUACGGUUGAUCUCAUAUUCAGAUACUACACAACAGAGCACGCAGCAGAUAUUGUUCUUGCUGUUCUGGAUUAUAUCAACGAAAGGCAGGCCGGACUAGAAAUGAGCACAAAAUUAAUGAAAAACGAUGCUACAACUAAACAUCACAAACAAUAUAAGAGAGAAAAAGAUUACGAUGAAACCAUUCCAAAAAAUAAAACGGGCAGUGAUGGAAGCAUUGAAAUCACAUCAAGAAUAACGAUGUACUCACAGAAGGAUCAGAAUCCAAAAGAAAAACUGGUGCACGCUUCACAAUUACCUCUUACCAAAAAUAUAGACAGUCGGUCUUAUACCACUAAAUUGACUGAAUCUAAUACUCAAGAACAAAAGAAUAAAAAAUUGAUUCACAGUCCCGCACCACCUGCAAUUCCAACUCCAACUCCAAAAAUAAGCGGAAGUUCUACUUUAGAAUCAUCUGUAGAAUGCACAAAAGCCCAACCUAAAAGUACAACUAAAGGAUCUACGUCAAGCUCUUCAAACAUAUGUGCUGGCAAGCUGGGCAACCAAGCAAAGAACAUCUCACAGGUGCAAGAGACCGUAGGAAAUAAAAAACAGUCAGGAAAUCCUGGAUUGUCUCAUAGUCAAAAUGUCCAAUGUAAAGUUCCUGAGCCAAGACCAGAAGCUGCCGGAAAUGUUCCAGCAUUGCCAAACAAAACCAGUCAUCAUAAACCAGAUUGUACCCAGCAGUGUCAUGUUCCCAAGCGAAUUCCACCAAGAGGAAAACCAUUGCCAGACCUCUUCCUGCGAGAGUUGGAUGAAAAGAAUCUCGCGGUUAUAGAAGCAAAUCACAAUGGCAAACCGCAUAUAUUUGCCAAGUUUUUAUUCCAUUUUUUUGUGCCAUUUGAAAUAUAUACAGGCUGGACUAAACAAACAAACUUUGAUGGGUAUGGAGGUAAAAAUGCCAUUCCAAAUAACUUACGUGAAGCUUUAUUUAAACAUGUGAAAAACAAAUUUUAUCUGCAAGAAAAUGAUAUUAAGAAAAUAAGAGAAACAAUAAAUGACCUCUUGAGAAAGCCACGAACAGCAGGUUGGCCUGUUCUAAUAGAAUUUGGUCCCCCCUAAAGAACAAAUCAUUUACUGUAUGUGUUUACAGAAUUCUAAGCAAAGAAAUGUAAGAUAUACUGUUUAUAGGGAUGAGCAAACUUUUUUGGCCAGUUUCACGGCAAAUCUUGCACAUGCCAAUCUUUUUCACAAUUCUGUGCAAUAAUGGCCUAAUUAAUGGAACAUUAAAAGCCAGUUUGAUCAAGCUGAUUCAGAGAAUUUCUGGCCUGAGCAACUGGGAAAGAAUAUCUGGAUGUUAGAUAUUGAGAGAGAAAUCACCACCACGUUUGAAAGACAUUGGCAACAUGGUAACCAUUUUUUUUCUAUGACGAACAAUUGUAGCAUAGAGGAAAGACGUUUCUUUAACAAUGUAGGGGAAGGUUUAUGUUAUUGAGGAGCUAAAAAUGCUGAAACCACAAUGUUAUAUCACUUUCUCUUUGACUCUAAUGCUUUUUGAAAUUUUUUUUUUGGUUUGAAAACUUUUACACAAAUUGAAACAUUCUGUAGAAGUAAAUUUAAAACAUGCCAAUCUUUUUCACAAUUCUGUGCAAUAAUGGCCUAAUUAAUGGAACAUUAAAAGCCAGUUUGAUCAAGCUGAUUCGGAGAAUUUCUGGCCUGAGCAACUGGGAAAGAAUAUCUGGAUGUUAGAUAUUGAGAGAGAAAUCACCACCACGUUUGAAAGACAUUGGCAAUAUGGUAACCAUUUUUUUUCUAUGACGAACAAUUGUAGCAUAGAGGAAAGACGUUUCUUUAACAAUGUAGGGGAAGGUUUAUGUUAUUGAGGAGCUAAAAAUGCGGAAACCACAAUGUUAUAUCACUUUCUCUUUGACUCUAAUGCUUUUUGAAAUUUUUUUUUUGGUUUGAAAACUUUUACACAAAUUGAAACAUUCUGUAGAAGUAAAUUUAAAACGUGUUUUUUUCACAUUAAAGGUUCUUUUUUUCCACUGGCAAAAUAUGCUCCCAACAGAGGACAGAGACCACCAUCCCAUCGCUUGAUCUACUUUUUCUUCAUGCCCUUGGCUUGGCAAACAAUGUGUAUAAGAAACGGAUCCGCACAUUAAUGCAGUCGGGGAAUAUCCCCUUUUA